AUGGAAUUACCAGACUGGGGGUUCCGUCAGCUUGAAGUAUGCACCGACAAGUCUGUCAAACAAACAAACACUAUCUGGAAUGUUGAGGAGCAUCAACAAAAUAUAACAUACCGUAAGUUGCUUGUCCCUGAUACUUUUGUAAAUUUCUGUGUGAAAGGCUAUAGCUACAACCCUGGCGAAAACAUCUUGGGACACGUCGUCUACUUCUUAUAAAGGCUCGAGAAUGUUGUUGUAAGAGCCUGUCACUGCUGUCCCCCUCUCCUCAGUCAAUACCGGGGAAAGGGAUUAGGGAAAAUGCGUCAUUUUGACGAGCUAUUGCGUUAGUGUCCCAAGAGUUUGACCAGGGUUGUAGCUCAUCUCAAAUAUCUCUAUUUUUCGAUGAAAGAGAGAGAGAAUAACAGGCUGUUACUAUCUGACUCGCAGACAAUGCGAGGUCGUUUUCUAGAGAGUUCGAGCGAGGGAGGGACCUCGGAUCUUCAGAGAAUCGAGCAAACUUUUAGCUUGCCUGCGGUUAUAUGGAGAAAGCCCCACCCCUUCCCCCCCAAAAGGGGGAAAGGUUGCAAACUCAAAACAAAUAAAACAAGAUAAAUAAGGCAAAUUACCAGUAGACAUGCAGAAAAUAAUGUACAGCUGUGGGCGUUUCAUUACGAUUUGUCACAAACCGAUAGUUUGCAACAUAGGUGGGCGUUCAUAUUUGCAAAAAUUUGAUCGUUUGAGACUCGAAACGCUUUCCAUGCUACAGCAUUGCUAGAAAUCAAUUGAACUUUGAAUGAAUUUCUUUCCUAAUGAGCAAAUCUCUUUGUCAGCUGAGGGGGAAGGUCCAAAAGAUGUUGAAAAGGAAACCCAGCAGUUAGAAAGGGCCUUCAAACCGAUGCCAUUUUUAUCAAAACUUUGGGAAAUGCAGGUACGUGUGUACAGUACAGAAAUUACACAUCAGCAAGGGUCUUCCGUGCGACAGGAAGGACAAUUCCUUCACUACCUUGAAAAGUGUUCCUCUUUAUUUUCUUACAACUAUUUGUCCUCUUAAAUUGGUAUUACAGGGCACACGUACAAACAAAAAUAGUGUUAGUUAUGUUUUAAAUAUUAAUUUGACCAUUUAUUCCACUCGUCGACAGUUGACACCUCAGAAGAUUUUAUUGUAGUCAGUGAGACCUUGUAAAAGGUGUUUGUCUCUUAUUGAUUUCGCUGCAAAGGUAAGGAAGCACAAGGGGACAUGUCACUGGGAACAUGUAGCACCUGGCAACAUGUAAAAGCGACCAAAGCACGUGCAGCAUACAGUACACGUUUGCCAGAGACAUGAAACAGGGAACAAAUCACAUUGUCCACGUAAAAAAUGCUGCGGGACGUGUUUUUUUCAUAUUGUUUUUUCCUGGUUAGUACACCAACAUAAAGAAUCCUUGGUAGUUCUGUCUUAUUGACACAACUAUCGAUCCGGUUACACAUUUCAGACCCGUACUCUAAAAAAUAACGGGGUGCGGGCGUCCGCGCCCCUCCCUAAACCCGCCAUUGCAAUCUGUCUUUUCCAAGACACUGGUCAUCAUUAGUCCCUAAGUGAGAAUUGCUUGCGUUUUUUUCUCUUUUUCUCUUUUUCUUUUCUUUUUUUUUUGUCUUGUAUUUUAUUCAAUCACACUGUUAUAAGUUACAGAAAGUACAUAUAUACGUAAUAAGGAACUGGAAAAAGAGGGAAGAGACGAAGUGCAUCUUACACUACGUAUAACACUUUUUACAAUAUAAUGGCCUGGCUGCAGAACUGUUUCAAUUUCUUUAAUAACAUCUUAAUCAUAACAGCUUCUAAACAGAGAUAGAGUUUAUCAAUUACUUCAAGCUCCACUGCUUUGUUGCCGUUUGUAUAGCCUGCGUAGCUGGCGGGAUAAGCGUGGGAGUGCUGUAUUGUUUUGUCGGCGGAGCCGCGAGAAGGGUGGUAUACAAGUCAAUUUGAAGUCGCGAAAAUCCCUCGCAGCUUCGCCGCUCACUUCGGACGACGACUCGCAAAAAAAUUCCGCGGGCUCAAGAAUCCCGCCGGUUUACGCAGGCUACCGUUUGUAUUGUCAUGUUAGAUUACUGAUUAAUUAUUGCCGCCAUUUUCUAAAUACCUUUUUAGCUGAAAAUGAUAGAGCCUAAAAAGGAACUUUCUAACGAGCAUACGUUUGGUUCUCGUCCUUCUUGGUGGCCUCUGAUGAGAAGAGGAGUUGCUUAUUGGAUUGCUAAAGACAACAAUGUAAGGUUUAGUGUAAGCGAUUUUCUUUUAACCCUUUCACUGCCGGAGUACUUGAUAGAGUUUGGUAAGGUGACUCUAACUUUUGAGUCUGCGGACGAAAUCCCAUGAUGUGACCAUUCAAAUGAAACCUCUCUGCCUGUAGUUACACAUGGUGCUAUUUAUUUUCCACAAUUUCACAAAAUCAAAUGUGGAAAUUUGGUCGAAAUUUGCUUUUGGCUAAAUAUGGCAGUGAAAGGUUAAGGCUAGAAGCAUGGAGAUACGCUAGCCUUAGUCAUAUCCUCCCAUCUACGACUUAAUAGGGAGCUUAAGCAACGAAGACGGCAACGUCAACGAAAACGUCAAAAAAGCAAUAGGUUUAGAUUGGCAAUACAACAUGAUGCACGUGCAUCACGCUUUUUUGUACAUGUCUUUGCCGUCACUGCACGACUUCGACGUGAAAGUGCCUUAUUUCACGUUUUGUGGAGGACGUGAGCAUAAGACGACUUUGUUUUUCUUGUCGUGCACUUCGAUAUGGUAUUUUAGAAUUCAACUCCAGACCAAAUGUCCCACAUUUGAUGAGUUGGACGAGAUCGAAUAAGUGCAAUAACGUUUAACGCGACUUCACUUUUUCGUUGCCGUUGCCGUUGUUGUUGUUUAAGCUCCCUAGUAUAUCAAACACGAGAAGAAGUGUUUCAUUGGAUAUCCAAACACCGAGAUAAAUAUGUCAAACACGAGAAGGAAUCUUUCAUCUGAUAUUCAGACAUCGAGAAGUAAUACAUCAAGCACGAGGAGUGUCAAUCUGAUAUCCCAAACACUGAGAAGUAAUUAAUCAAACACGAGUUAAGUGUUUAAUGUGAUAUCCAAACAACGAGAUGUGAUAUAUCACUGAAACACGAAGAGUGUUUUAUCUGAUAUCCAAGCACUGAGAAAUAAUGUAUCAAACAUGAGAAGUGUUUCAUUAGAUAUCCAAACAGCGAGAAGUAAUAUAUCAAACGCGAGGAGUGUUUCAUCUGAUAUCCAAACGUCAAGAAGUAAUAUAUCAAACGCGAGGAGUGUUUUAUCUGAUAUCCAAGCACUCAGAAGUAAUGUAUCAAACACGAGGAGUGUUUUAGUUGGUAUCCAAACACUGAGAAGUAAUUAAUCAAACACGAGAAAGAGUGGUGUUCAUUAGAUGUCUAAACACCGAGACAAAUAUAUCAAUCACGAGAAGGAUUGUAUCAUCCGAUAUCCAAACAUCGAAAAGUAAUAUAUCAAACACGAGAAAGAGUGUUUCAUUAGAUGUCUAAACACUGAGAAAAAUACAUGAAUCACGAGAAGGAGUGUAUCAUCUGAUAUCCAAACAUCGAAAAGUAAUAUGUCCAACACGAGAAAGAGUGUUUCAUUAGAUAUUUAAACACUGGGAAAAAUAUAUCAAACAUGAGAAGGAGUGUUUCAUCUGAUAUCCAAACAAUGAGAAGUAAUAUAUCAGACAAGAGAAGGAAUUUAUGUUCACACCGAGGAGUGAUUAUCAAAUACGAGAAGAAGUGUUUCAUCUGAUAUCCAAACACUGUGAAAAGGAUUAAAAACUUAGAGACAGGCCAGUGCCUUUUAACUGACAGUGAUUUAGAUGCUUUAUUAUGUUUAUGAGAAGACAACAUGAAGCUUCAUUAUGGGACAGUGAAUAUGAAAGUGCCUUUCUCAUUGUAAUUUUUAUUUGUCUGUUUUUAGGCUCAAAUAUUCUGUAUUGGUAAUCCAUUUGUUUGGUGGGCAACCACGCUGUCUAUUCCUAUCUACUUUGGCCUUUUAGCUUUCUAUUUAUUACGGAGAAGAAGGAAAGUGCAUGAUAUAUCGGAAGGUAUGUUUAUAGAGAGGUCUUUUGUCUCAGGGUCCGCACAGUCUUGAAAAGUCCUUGAAUUUUGGGGAAAUCCUUGAAAAGUCCUUGAAUGUUCUUCAACUUUGAAUGUAGUGGCCUAGAAAGUCUUUUUUAAAUGCUUUUUGGUUGUACACGACAGAAUAUAAAUCAUAGCUCAGGGAAGCUAAAGGUGAUUUACAUAAAGCGUCUUUUUNUUUACAAUAUAAUGGCUUGGCUGGAUAACUAAAUUUCUUAAACAACAUCUUAAUCAUAACAGCUUCUAAACAGAGUUUAUCAACUGUACUUCAAGCUCCACUGCUUUGUUGCCGUUUGUAUUAUCAUGUUAGAUCAUUCAUUAAUUAUUGCCGCCAUUUUCUAAAUACCUUCUCAGCUGAAAAUGAUAGAGCCUAAAAAGGAACUUUCUAACGAGCAUACGUUUGGUUCUCGUCCUUCUUGGUGGCCUCUGAUGAGAAGAGGAGUUGCUUAUUGGAUUGCUAAAGACAACAAUGUAAGGUUUAGUGUUAGCGAUUUUCUUUUAACCCUUUCACUGCCGGAGUACUUGAUGGAGUUUUGUAAGGUGACUCUAACUUUUGAGUCUGCGGACGAAAUCCUAUGAUGUGACCAUUCAAAUGAAACCUCUCUGCCUGUACUUACACAUGGUGCUGUUUAUUUUUUCAAAAUUUCACAAAGUGAAAUUUGGAAAUUUGGUCGAAAUUUGCUGUUGGCUAAAUUUGGCAGUGAAAGGGUUAAGGCUAGAAGCAUGGAGAUACGCCAGCCUUAGUCAUAUCCUCCCAUCUACGACUUAAUAGGGAGCUUAAACAACGACGACGUCGACGUCAACGAAAACGUCUAAAAAGCAAUAGGUUUAGAUUGGCAAAACAACAACUUUUUACGUGCAUCACGCUUUUUUGUUCAUUUCUUUGCCCUCACUGCCCGACUUAGACGUGAAAGUGCCUUAUUUCACGUUUUGUGGAGGACGUGAGCACAAGACGACUUUGUCUUUCUUGUCCUGCACUUCGAUACGGUAUUUUAGAAUUCAACUCCAGACCAAAUGUCCCACAUUUGAUGAGUUGAACGAGAUGGAAUAAGUGCAAUGACGUUUAACGCGACUUCACUUUUUCGUAGCCGUUGCCGUUGUUGUUGUUUAAGCUCCCUAGUAUAUCAAACACGAGAAGAAGUGUUUCAUUGGAUAUCCAAACACCGAGAUAAAAAUGUCAAACGCGAGAAGGAAUCUUUCAUCUGAUAUUCAAACAUCGAGAAGUAAUACAUCAAGCACGAGGAGUGUCAAUCUGAUAUCCCAAACACUGAGAAGUAAUUAAUCAAACACAAGUUAAGUGUUUAAUGUGAUAUCCAAACAACAAGAAGUGAUAUACCACUGAAACACGAAGAGUGUUUUAUCUGAUAUCCAAGCACUGAGAAAUAAUGUAUCAAACAUGAGAAGUGUUUCAUUAGAUAUCCAAACAGCGAGAAGUAAUAUAUCAAACGCGAGGAGUGUUUCAUCUGAUAUCCAAACGUCAAGAAGUAAUAUAUCAAACGCGAGGAGUGUUUUAUCUGAUAUCCAAGCACUCAGAAGUAAUGUAUCAAACACGAGGAGUGUUUUAGUUGGUAUCCAAACACUGAGAAGUAAUUAAUCAAACACGAGAAAGAGUGGUGUUCAUUAGAUGUCUAAACACCGAGACAAAUAUAUCAAUCACGAGAAGGAUUGUAUCAUCCGAUAUCCAAACAUCGAAAAGUAAUAUAUCAAACACGAGAAAGAGUGUUUCAUUAGAUGUCUAAACACUGAGAAAAAUACAUGAAUCACGAGAAGGAGUGUAUCAUCUGAUAUCCAAACAUCGAAAAGUAAUAUGUCCAACACGAGAAAGAGUGUUUCAUUAGAUAUUUAAACACUGGGAAAAAUAUAUCAAACAUGAGAAGGAGUGUUUCAUCUGAUAUCCAAACAAUGAGAAGUAAUAUAUCAGACAAGAGAAGGAAUUUAUGUUCACACCGAGGAGUGAUUAUCAAAUACGAGAAGAAGUGUUUCAUCUGAUAUCCAAACACUGUGAAAAGGAUUAAAAACUUAGAGACAGGCCAGUGCCUUUUAACUGACAGUGAUUUAGAUGCUUUAUUAUGUUUAUGAGAAGACAACAUGAAGCUUCAUUAUGGGACAGUGAAUAUGAAAGUGCCUUUCUCAUUGUAAUUUUUAUUUGUCUGUUUUUAGGCUCAAAUAUUCUGUAUUGGUAAUCCAUUUGUUUGGUGGGCAACCACGCUGUCUAUUCCUAUCUACUUUGGCCUUUUAGCUUUCUAUUUAUUACGGAGAAGAAGGAAAGUGCAUGAUAUAUCGGAAGGUAUGUUUAUAGAGAGGUCUUUUGUCUCAGGGUCCGCACAGUCUUGAAAAGUCCUUGAAUUUUGGGGAAAUCCUUGAAAAGUCCUUGAAUGUUCUUCAACUUUGAAUGUAGUGGCCUAGAAAGUCUUUUUUAAAUGCUUUUUGGUUGUACACGACAGAAUAUAAAUCAUAGCUCAGGGAAGCUAAAGGUGAUUUACAUAAAGCGUCUUUUUUAUUUUAUGCAAUAAUUAACUACAAAAAUGAAGACAAUUGAACAGAAAUGUAGAGAAGUUGGUGGAGCAAACAGUUUAAUCCUUUCCGAUAGAAUGGAAUGGACUGCAUUUUUGUAUAAUCUGUGAAAUUACAUUCCUGGUAUGUGGUCCUUGAAAAUCGAAUGGGGUCCUUGAAAAGUCCUUAAAAAUGGUUGGAUUUUUUGUAUGAACCCUGAAUCUUCUUUCUCUUCGUUUUGCCAGGUUCAUGGCGGCAGUUUGUGUUCGUCGGCGAAGCAGUGGUUUUAGGAUAUUUUCUUCACUUCGUUACGUUUUUCCCUGUGGACAGAACGCUUUUCAUACAUCAUUAUCUUCCCGCUUUGAUAUUUAAAGUCAUUCUCUUACCAGUGGUGUUACAGCAUGUUCAUCGUGAAGUCUUCAAGUAA